AAGAGUCUCAACUCAAUAGGGAAGUCGACCAGAUUCCGAUAACAGUGAACGUACCAUCACAAUCCAUGUUCUCCAUCUUCCUCCAACCAGGCAAGGGACCAACCUGCAUCUUGCUGCCAUCGUAACAUUUUUCCCCGCUGACAUACAUUCGACCAGACUUUAAGGACCAAAGUCAUGACGGACUCCAAAUAUUUCACAACAAACAAAAAAGGGGAGAUCUUUGAACUGAAGGCAGAGCUGAACAAUGAGAAGAAGGAGAAGAGAAAAGAGGCAGUGAAGAAGGUCAUUGCUGCCAUGACUGUUGGCAAGGAUGUCAGCUCUUUGUUCCCAGAUGUGGUGAACUGCAUGCAGACCGACAACCUGGAGCUGAAGAAGUUGGUCUACCUCUACUUAAUGAACUACGCCAAGAGCCAGCCUGACAUGGCCAUCAUGGCUGUCAACAGCUUUGUCAAGGACUGUGAGGACCCCAACCCUCUGAUCCGGGCUCUGGCCGUCCGCACCAUGGGCUGCAUCCGGGUUGACAAGAUCACGGAGUACCUGUGUGAGCCACUGAGGAAGUGCCUGAAGGAUGAGGACCCAUAUGUGAGGAAGACGGCAGCUGUUUGUGUGGCUAAACUUCAUGACAUCAAUGCCCAGAUGGUGGAAGACCAGGGCUUCCUGGACUCCCUGAGAGAUCUCAUUGCUGACUCAAAUCCCAUGGUUGUGGCCAAUGCAGUUGCUGCCCUGUCUGAGAUCAGCGAGUCUCACCCCAACAGCAACCUGCUGGACCUCAAUCCCCAGAACAUCAACAAGCUGCUGACUGCCCUCAACGAGUGCACAGAGUGGGGACAGAUCUUCAUCCUGGACUGCUUGUCCAACUACAACCCCAAGGAUGAGCGCGAGGCCCAAAGCAUCUGCGAGCGUGUCACUCCCCGGCUGUCUCAUGCCAACUCAGCCGUGGUGCUGUCAGCUGUCAAGGUGCUGAUGAAGUUCUUGGAGCUGCUGCCCAAGGACUCCGACUACUACAACACCUUGCUGAAGAAGUUAUCCCCACCACUGGUCACCUUACUCUCUGGAGAGCCUGAGGUCCAGUAUGUGGCUCUGAGGAACAUCAACCUCAUUGUCCAGAAAAGGCCUGAGAUCCUGAAGCAGGAGAUCAAGGUGUUCUUUGUCAAGUACAAUGACCCCAUCUAUGUGAAACUGGAGAAGCUGGACAUCAUGAUCCGCUUGGCCUCUCAGGCCAACAUUGCUCAGGUGCUGGCUGAACUGAAGGAAUAUGCCACUGAGGUGGAUGUUGACUUUGUGCGCAAGGCUGUACGAGCCAUCGGACGCUGUGCCAUCAAAGUGGAACAAUCAGCUGAGCGCUGUGUCAGCACCCUGCUGGACCUGAUCCAGACCAAGGUCAACUACGUGGUUCAGGAGGCUAUUGUGGUCAUCAGGGACAUCUUCCGCAAGUACCCCAACAAGUAUGAAAGCAUCAUUGCCACACUGUGUGAGAAUCUGGACUCUCUGGAUGAGCCUGAUGCUCGUGCUGCCAUGAUCUGGAUUGUUGGCGAGUACGCCGAGAGGAUCGACAACGCUGACGAGUUGCUUGAGAGCUUCCUCGAGGGUUUCCAUGAUGAGAGCACCCAGGUCCAGCUCACUCUGCUGACUGCCAUUGUCAAGCUGUUCCUUAAGAAGCCAUCAGAGACUCAAGAGUUGGUGCAGCAGGUCCUCAGCCUGGCCACUCAGGACUCUGACAACCCUGACCUGCGUGACAGGGGCUACAUUUAUUGGCGCCUGUUGUCCACUGACCCUGUGACGGCCAAGGAAGUGGUGUUGUCAGAAAAGCCCUUGAUCUCAGAGGAGACAGACCUGAUUGAGCCCACCCUCCUGGACGAGCUCAUCUGCCACAUUGGUUCCCUGGCUUCUGUCUAUCACAAACCCCCCAGUGCCUUUGUCGAGGGCAGCCACGGAAUCCACCGGAAACACCUUCCUGUGCAGCACAGCAGCAUUGAUACAGGUGAGAGUCCAGUGAGCAGUGGGCCAGCAGCUGCCAUGGACCAGCCCCAUGUGAUCCCCAGCCAGGGUGACCUGCUGGGUGACCUGCUGAACCUGGAUCUGGGCCCUCCAGUCAAUGUGCCCCAGGUCUCCUCCAUGCAGAUGGGUGCAGUGGACCUUCUGGGAGGAGGCCUGGACAGUUUGCUGGGGGGAGACCUGGGCGGAGGUGUUGGGGGAAGUCCAGCAGUGGGACAGAACUUCAUCCCCUCAUCUGUCCCCAGUACUUUUGCUCCGUCACCUACACCAGCACCUCCAGCUGUCAGCAGUGGCCUUAACGACUUGUUUGAGCUUUCCACAGGCAUGGCCAUCACAACUGGGGGCUACGUAGCCCCAAAAGCAGUGUGGCUUCCUGCAGUGAAAGCCAAGGGACUGGAGAUCUCUGGCACCUUCUCUCGCCGCCAGGGCCACAUGUACAUGGACAUGACCUUCACCAACAAGGCCCUGCAACACAUGACCGACUUCGCUGUCCAGUUCAACAAGAACAGUUUUGGGAUGAUCCCUACCAGUCCUCUCCCCAUUCACACUCCGCUGAUGCCCAGCCAGAGUAUUGAGCUCUCUUUGCCUAUCAACACCAUUGGGCCAGUCAUGAAGAUGGACCCACUCAAUAAUCUGCAGGUGGCUGUGAAGAACAGCAUCGAUGUCUUCUACUUCAGCGUACUCAUCCCUCUCAAUAUAUUCUUUGUGGAGGAUGGAAAAAUGGAGCGACAGGUGUUUCUGGCUACCUGGAAAGACAUCCCCAAUGAGAAUGAGCUACAGUACCAGAUAAAGGAGUGCCACUUAAAUGCAGACACAGUAUCAGGGAAGCUGCAGAAUAACAACAUCUACACCAUCGCCAAGAGAAAUGUAGAAGGCCAGGAUAUGCUCUACCAGUCCCUCAAGCUAACCAAUGGCAUCUGGAUCUUGGCUGAGCUCCGCAUUCAGCCUGGCAACCCCAACUACACGCUGUCUCUCAAGUGUCGGGCCCCUGAGGUUUCUCAGUACGUCUACCAGAUGUACGACUCUGUGCUGAAGAACUGACCUGCUCUAACACUUAGCAACUCUGCUUCUUCCUGACAACAAACAGCGUUUUAUCAUUUUCUGCCAUCUGCAGCUAACAGCCAAAACAAGGGAAUCCUAAAUAAUUUGGAAUAUUGGGUGCAUUUUUCCUCUGAGAGAUCAACAAGGCAAAUGUCAGUUAAUACAGAGGUAUUGUGGGUGAUCAUCAUACUGUAGUUCUGUAUAUUGUACUGAAGUUAAAUAGUACAACCACUGUUGAUGCUUCCUUUAUUUUGGUUGUUGAAAGCAUUGUUAUAUCUCCCCAUUUCGAUUUUUUUACCCAGUGAAAACAUGUCUACCAUUCCAUCCUUAAUCCUUAACUUAGUGUCUUAAUGUUGUAAAGAUGUGACUGAUGGUGAAAUUGUCCAGAGUGGAAAAUACUUACUUUUUUUUUGUACUGUGUGUGGCUCACACUUUGAUUUAUUUUUGAUACUUGCUUUGCUUCAGUUGUACCUACAGAAUAAUACCAGUGUUGAUUUCUUCCUUUUGCCAUUAAUAUGUGUGUGGAGAGUCGAAACCAACAAUGUGUUUGUCAGAAGCUACUAAUGUCUGUCCUACAGGUUUGCCUCCUCGAGGUCAUAGCUUAUAUUACUUCUUGAGACACGCUAAAUUGACAACUAUUAUACAUCACAUUGAGCAGCAUAUGUAUUUUCUGUCAUGACUUUAACACAGCUUCUUGUAUUCAAUGGGAUUACUUACAAUGUGUGCAGCAUUUAGAUUUUAAACAUUACUUCUUCCUCCAUAAGUAUGAAACAUUUUACAGCAAUUGAAAAACUAAGUGAAAUUCCAAGAAGUUGGAAAAAGAAAAUUCAGACCAGAGAUUACAUAAGAGCAACUAGUAACUCUAAUGUAACAACUAAAUUCUGAUAUUUCAUUGCUGCUUCCCACCUGUGGUUUUUCAUUCAUCUGCAUGGAGGCAUGUAAUGUUGGAUGGAUGCAUUCUGCUGAUGCUCUGCAUCUACAACACAGGUGAUAAAUCACAGAAGUAGGUGCCUCAGAGGUCUUUAUUACAAAGAUCCUUCCAUCAGCCUUCAGCCUGUGCUGUCUUUAUUAACACUCCACCCUUUUCACCUCAGCUUUGUGUAAACAGCUUUUGAAUAUUUUGCUGUUUUUUAAGCAUUUUCUUUUAGGUGUUUUUAAUGGUCAAAUUAAAAAAACAUAAAAACUGAUGACCGGGAUGCAACAGAGAAUUCUAAAUACAAAAGGCAAACAAAUCUUUAGGCCAUGUGAAGCAACUUCAUGGACCUGUUAUGGCAUAAUAGAACUUAUUUGUACGUAAUUAUAACGUCAUGUAAAAAAAAUAAAUACAUCCAGUGUAGUGAUGCAUCUGCAGGCUGUGUAAGUGGAGGGUUGCAAACCGUCAGUAGAACAGGCAGUCAAGAAGCUUCUGACUGGCAAGUAAUGUACAGUACAUUUGUUUAAAUUCAACUUGAAAGUUUUUGCUCAUCAGCUUUGAACCACUACACAAACCACAGCAGCUAUUGAUUAUGUGUUAACACACCAGUGCCACUCCGUUUUAAAAAUGAUAUUUGCUAAUUCAUUUCAUGUGUAAUUCUUUUUGUAAUAGCCCCAUUUACUGCAACCACAUAGUUGUACACGGCUUUACACACCUAUAUUGUCAUUCAUAUUUAUUGUGUAUCUACCUCUGCUUGUUUCCUUUUAACUGGCUUUAUUGUUGCAAUAGCUUCAAUUCUGUAAUGUGCUUUAAAUGUUUUCACCUUUUUCUUUUGCCAAUGCCAGUGUUUUUGUAACUUGAAUGCCAUUGUUGUCAAGCGAGCUAAACGUUGUGGCAAGUCAGCCAAACCAAUCUCACAGAUUCUCGCGCUAAUUAAAUGCCAUGCUUAUGUUUAAGUACCCUGAUUUCAAUAUAAUCUUCUAAUGUUGGCAUUGUUUGUGCUAUAAAACAUUAGGGUGCAUACACCUUAAGGCCCAGAGUUGCUCUAGUACAGUGUAGUCUAGUGAUGGUGUAGUUUGUGUAGCUAAAUUAAAAUGGUUUGGUAUUACCCUGAAAAUGAAAUGAAGCCUUGUCUCUAUUCAAAAGAAAGGGCUUUUUCAGCUGUCAGUUGUGUUGGUGACACUAUUUUCCCUCAUGGUAAUGUUAAAUAUGUUUGCGCCUGCAUGAGCCCACUGUCCAUUUUAUCCUUUUUGAUUUAGGCUGUGGAUUUGCUCCAGUUAAAAACUAAUCUCCCAACUUCAUGUCUCUGUUGUAGAUCUAAUAUUUUUUUAAGCAGCAUUGUCUAAAGCACUCCCACAAAUAGAAAUAUAUACAAAACGGUUGCCAGCAAUACAGAGUGUAUGGAGUGAGCUAGCAUAGUAUGCAAUGGAAUAUUUCUAGCAUCAUUGCUGUAACCGUGUUGUAAAUGAUUUGUUGUCGUCACAGUUCCACAUCUUAUGUCAAUAAAUUGUCAAAAGCA